AGAAGGCCGCAGCCAGGAGCCCAGUAUCGAGCAGAGAGGAAGCGCCACCGGCGGAAGCCGGAUCAGUGUGUCAUGGCGAGCAGGACGGUGGAUGUGACGCUGGUGUCGGCGAGGGACCUUCGGGACGUGAACCUGGUGUCCAAGAUGGAGGUGUACGCGGUGGUGUACCUGGCCGGGGACCCGCUCUCGAAACAGCGCGUGGCCACGGACCGCGCGGGCGGCCGCGACCCGUCCUGGAACGCCACGGUCCGCGUCACCGUGCCGGCGUCCGGCGCCGGGAGCGGCGCCCUGCGCGUGCUCCUGCGCACGGAGCGCGCCCUCGGUGACCGCGACGUCGGCGAGGUCAUCAUCCCGCUCUCCGAAAUCCUCUCCGGCGCCGGUGACGAGCCCAGUACGGAAGCCAAGCUCCGCGCCUACAAGGUGCGCAAGGUCGGCUCCAGCAAGGCCCACGGCGUGCUCAACCUCUCCUACAAGCUCGGCGGGGUCAUCCACCCGGACGCCCACGCGCAGCAGCAUCCGGCCGUGGGCGAGCCGGCUGCGGCGGGGCAGGGGUACCUUGCGGCGGCCGCGGCGCCGUACGCGUCUGCUCCGCCGCUGCCGCCGCAGCUCAGCUACCCUUAUCCGUGCCCGCCGCCGACGAUGGUCCGGCCGUUGCGCAUGAGGUGAAAGCCGCGCGACGGCAAACGUCUCCUCUGUUUCGCCCUGCAGUAAAUAAAUCCGAUGGGAUUCGAUCCGUCCAUGUUAUCACAAAGAACACAAGUAAUAAUGGUGAGUGAAUUAGCCAGUAGCCACUGCUGGAGCGUCAUCAAAAUGAUGUGUACAAAUAUUUGAACAUGUACGCUGUGCGCGCGCCAUGUUGUGCAGCGUGUCUCCAGAGUUUGUGGAUUGAUCCAAACCAGAGCAUCGAUCGAUCUGGAGUUCUGGGCCGCCAUGUCUCUUUACCUAAGCACGCAUCGUGUUUCCGUUUAUAUACUUACUCAAAAUCCAUGGUUUUAUAC